UGUCUGCCGUGGACUGUGAGACCAAACAGGACUUUUCUGCAUACAUGUCCACUUUAGCCAAAGCCAUGUCCAAGUUCAGGCUGGCGGUGGUCCAGCUGCAGGUGAGCAGCGUGAAGACGGACAACCUGAGCAGAGCCCGGAGGCUGGUGAAGGAGGCUGCGGGACAGGGGAGCAAGCUGGUGCUGCUGCCGGAAUGCUUUAAUUCUCCGUACGGGACCGGCUACUUCCCUCAGUACGCAGAGCGGAUCCCCGGAGAGUCGACCCGGCUGCUGUCAGAGGCGGCCGCGGAGAGCAGGGUGUACCUGGUGGGAGGAUCCAUCCCUGAAGAGGACGGAGGGAAGCUGUACAACAGCUGCACGGUGUUCGGACCCGACGGAGAGCUGAUCCUGAAACACAGGAAGAUUCACCUCUUUGACAUCGACGUUCCAGGAAAAAUCCGCUUCCAGGAGUCUGAGACUUUGACCCCGGGCCACAGUUUGUCAAUGUUUGAAACACCGUUCUGUAAAGUGGGCGUGGGGAUUUGCUACGACAUGAGGUUUGCAGAGCUCGCGCAGCUCUACGGCAGGAAAGGCUGUCAGCUGCUGGUUUACCCCGGAGCCUUCAACAUGACGACCGGUCCGGCUCACUGGGAGCUGCUGCAGAGGGGGAGGGCGAUUGAUAACCAGGUGUACGUGGCCACAGCGUCUCCUGCCCGAGAUGAAACGUCUUCAUACGUCGCCUGGGGUCACAGCACUGUGGUAAACCCGUGGGGUGAAGUUAUCUCGAAGGCCGGACCGGAGGAGGCCGUUAUUUAUGCCGACAUCGACCUGCAGUAUUUAGCCGACAUCCGGCAGCAGAUCCCGAUCACGCUUCAGCGUCGUGACGACCUCUACGCGGUGACGUUUCUGCAGGACGGAUCGAGCUGAACGCCUUGAC